AUGGAUGACCGACGACGUGACGAUCGGAAAUUCGAAGAUCAAGUCUUCACGAAGCUGAACAAAAACUACACCCGCAUCCUGAGGGAGAUCAAAGGCAGGGAAAACCUUGAGUGGCCAUGGUCCAAAGGGAAGCAACCCCCUAGAUCCGAAAAAUCAAGAGAUUACUGCGAAUAUCACUGUUCCAACGGCCACCAGACCGAGAAGUGCAAGAAUCUCAAGAUAAUGAUCCAAAAGUUGAUUGACGCAGGUGACCUCAAGCAGUACAUACAGAAGGCAGAUAACAAAGAUAAGACCAAGGGAAGCAAGCAAGUUCAACUACCAGAGGGAAACCUAACACUCAACACCAUCUCAUGUUCCGAAGCUACAGGACCCUCGCUAACAGCACAAAUAGGGAAAAGAUUAAGGAAACAAUUCAAAGACUACUGUGAAUUAUACAAAAUCGAUGGGGUAGAAGUGGACGAACACGAACAAUGGAUGAACGCGCCUAUGACCUUCGAUGCAGAAGACAUUGACGAAGAUAUGGAGGAUCACAACGACCCCUUGGUCCUUACCUUACCAGUGGCAGGGUGCAAUAUCAAGAAGAUCCUCAUUGAUGGAGGGAGUUCAGUUAAUGUUCUAUUAUACGACACAUUCAAACGAAUGGAGCUUAACGAUGAACAAUUGAUGUCUUCGUAUUAUACCAUCUACGGAUUCAAUGGGGAACCUACAAAGCCGUUAGGAGACAUUGUUUUGCAAGUGGAUGCAGGACCAAUGAAAGUGGAUACUCGAUUCAGUGUAGUGGACGCUCCUUCCCCCUAUAACGCCAUCAUUGUCCGAAGAUGGGUGCACAAGCUCAAAGUAGUGGAAUCAACUUAUCAUCAGUACCUUACCCGAAGGGGUAAUGGAAAUAAAGGGAGAUCAGGUUACCGCUCGAGAAUGCCAAGCUAUGCAAAACCAGCUCAACAACGAACAAGAUGA